GGGGCGGGGCCACGCUGGCGUCGGCGCCAUCGACGGGAGGCUCGCUUGCUGUGUGCAUGGUUUUCCCCGCCAAACGCUUCCGCUCGCUGCCAUCCAUGGAAGGCGUGCGCUGGGCCUUUUCCUGCGGCACUUGGCUGCCGAGCCGAGCCGAAUGGCUGCUGGCGGUGCGAUCGAUCCAGCCGGAGGAGAAGGAGCGCAUUGGCCAGUUCGUCUUUGCCCGGGACGCUAAGGCCGCCAUGGCUGGUCGUCUGAUGAUAAGGAAAUUAAUUGCAGAGAAGUUGAAUAUUCCGUGGAAUAAUAUUCGUCUGCAAAGAACUGCAAAAGGAAAACCAGUUCUCGCAAAGGACUCUAUGAACCCUUAUCCCAACUUCAAUUUUAACAUUUCCCAUCAAGGGGACUACGCGGUGCUGGCUGCAGAACCUGAGCUACAAGUUGGAAUUGAUGUCAUGAAGACUAGUUUUCCAGGUCGUGGUUCAAUUCCAGAAUUUUUUCACAUUAUGAAAAGGAAGUUCACGAGCAAAGAAUGGGAAACAAUCAGAAGCUUCAAGGAUGAGUGGACUCAGCUGGACACGUUCUACAGGAACUGGGCACUGAAAGAAAGCUUCAUUAAAGCCCUUGGUGUUGGACUGGGAUUUGAAUUGCAACGGCUUGAAUUUGACAUCUCCCCAUUAAACCUGGACAUAGGCCAGGUUUAUAAAGAAACACGUUUGUUCCUGGAUGGAGAGGAAGAAAAAGAGUGGGCGUUUGAGGAAAGCAAAAUAGAUGAGCACCAUUUUGUUGCAGUAGCUCUUAGGAAACCUGAUGGAUCUAGACAAAAGGAUGUGCCUUCUUCAGAUGACUCGAAGCCAUCCCAGAGGCAGUUUACUAUCCUUACCUUUAAUGAUUUAAUAUCAUCUGCUAUUCCCAUGACACCUGAAGAUCCUUCAUUUUGGGACUGUUUUUACUUUACAGAAGAAAUUCUAAUUCGGAAUGGUACAAAAUCAUGAUACGAUUCACUAUGUAAUGAAAGCAGGUGACGACUGUUU